GGGAGUGGGGAGGUCUCCCUUCGUCACCCAGAGAGAAAUAGCCCGAGGAGGAGGAGGAGAGGCUGGGGCGCCCAGAGGACAAAGAGGCUGUUCAGAGCUAUUCCCCAUUGUGGCAAAAUCUGUGAGAGUCCCAGAGGUGGCCUAGUUUAUGCUUCCUCCUUCUCCUCCUCCUCCCUGACUGGCAGUGCAAUGGCUUCAGAGGCACCGGCCAGCUCAUCUGUUCCUUGGGAAACAGUGGAAAGAGGUGCUGGGUGGCCACCUCAGGCUCCCUUGACCUUUGAGGAGGUGGCUGUGUAUUUCACUGAGGAGGAGUGGGCUCUCCUGGAUCCUGAGCAGAGAGCUCUGCAUAGAGAAGUCAUGGAGGAGAAUUACAAGACGGUGGCCUCUCUAGAAUCAGACCUCAAUGCCUGUUGGGAAGAAGGAGGUGAUCUGGUGAUCCAGGAUCCCAAAGAAGAGGAGAGAUCAGCAGCAGAUGAUGGGCAGCAGAAUGAGAAUUAUACAGAAGCACAGGUGAUGUCAUUGGUAAUAGGCGAGUUUGAAGCACAAAACGAAGUGUUUGGAAAUGAUGGGGAAGCAAGAAAGUCUGAAUCAAACAAUGGGAGGAAUAAAUCCUCUACUUCUCAGCUGUUGCAUCGAAGAAGCCACACAGGGAAGAAACCAUUUAAAUGCUUGGAGUGUGGAAAGAGCUUCAGCCGUAGAGGUCAACUUACUGUACAUCAACGAACCCACACAGGGGAGAAACCGUUUGAAUGUAUGGAGUGUGGAAAGAACUUCAGCCAGAGAGGUCAACUUACUGUACAUCAAAGAACCCACACAGGGGAGAAACCAUUUAAAUGCAUGGAAUGUGGAAAGAGCUUCAGGGAGAACAGUACACUUAUUUCACAUCAAAGAACCCACACAGGGGAGAAACCAUUUAAGUGCAUGGAGUGUGGAAAGAGCUUCAGCCAGAGAGCUCCACUUACUGUACAUCAAACAAUCCACACAGGGGAGAAACCAUUCAUGUGCAUGGAGUGUGGAAAGAGCUUCAGAGUGAGUUAUGAGCUUACUGUACAUCAACGAACCCACACAGGGGAGAAACCAUUUAAGUGCAUGGAAUGUGGAAAGAGCUUCAGUUGCAGCAGUAGCCUUACUUCACAUCAAAGAACACACACAGGGGAAAAACCAUUUAAAUGCAUAGCUUGUGGAAAGAGCUUCAGGCACAUGAAUUCACUUACUGUACAUAAAAGAAUCCACACAGGGGAGAAACCAUUUAAGUGCAUGGAAUGUGGAAAGAGCUUCAGUUGCAGCAGUAAACUUACUAAACAUCAGAGAACGCACACAAGGGAGAAACCAUUUAAAUGUAUGGAGUGUGGAAAAAGCUUCAGAGUGAGUUAUGAGCUUACUCUACAUCAACCAAAACACACAGGGGAGAAACAUUCAAAUGCAUGGCAUGUGGAAAGUGCUCCAGUGUGAGAAAUGAGCUUACUAUACAUCAACAAACACACAAAGGGGAGAAACUAAGUGCAUAGAAUGUGGAAAGAGCUUCAGUUGCAGGAUUAAUCUUACUAACCAUCAAAGAAGGCACACGGGAAAAUUCAUUUGAAUGUAUGCAGUGUGGAAAGAACUUAAACGUGAGAUGUCACCUUAGUAUACAUCAAUGAACACACGCGGGGGAAACCAUUUAAAUGCAUAGCUUGUGGAAAGUGCUUCAGCUGCAGCUCUAAACAUACUGUACAUCUGAGAACCCACAUGGGAGAAACCAUUUAAAUGCAUGGUGUGUGGAAAGAGCUUCAGCCAGAGAGGUUACCUUACUGCACAUCAACAAAUGCGCACAGGGGAGAAACCAUUUAAGUGCAUGGAAUGUAGAAAGAGCUUCGUUGUCAUUAGUGACCUCGCUGUACAUCAAAGUACCCACACAGGAGAAACUAUUUAAAUGCAUGGAAGUGUAGAAAGAGCUUCAGUUGCGGCAAUAACCUUACUAAACAUCAAAGAAGCCACACUGGAGAGAACCAUUUAAAUGGUUUGUUGAAAAUGCUUCAGAGGUAGGGAUAUGAGUACUAAACAUCAACUAACACACACAGGCGAGAAACUAUUCAAAUGUAUGCAUUUUGGAGAGAGCUUUAGUCAAAAUUAUGGUCUUACUUUACAUCAAUGAGCCCACAUACGACGGGACUGUAUAUAUGUAUGGAAUGUGCAAUAGCAAUUUUACUAAGCAUAAAAGAAUCCACAGAGCAAGAAACCAUGUAAAUGAGUGGAGUGUGGAAAGAGUGUCAAUAUGAAACAUUGCCUUAUUUCACAUCCAAAAAAACACGGGAGAAACCAUUUAAAUGCAUUGGGUGUGGAGAAACGUCCUAACUGUUAGAGCCAUACGACAAUGGAACCAAUUGCCUAGAGAGGUAGUGGGCUCUCCGACACUGGAGGCAUUCAAGAGGCAGCUGGACAGCCAUCUGUCGGGAAUGCUUUGAUUUGGAUUCCUGCAUUGAGCAGGGGGUUGGACCUGAUGGACUCAUAGGCCCCUUCCAACUCCACUAUUCUUGAGAGGGCUUCAGUAUGAGUAGUGAGCUUCCUAUACAUCAACAAACACACAUGGGAAAAACCACUGAAAUGGAUAGCUUGAGAAAAGAGCUUCCGUGAGAAUUGUCACCUUACUGUACAUCACCGGAGAGAGACCAGUUAAAUGUAUGCAAUGGGGAAAGAGUUUAAGCCAAGCAAUAGCCUUCCUUUACAUGAAAGAAUUGUUACAACAAAGGAAUGAGUUAAAUGCACUGAGUGUGGCAAAAUCUGAACAGAGCAAUCCUACAUCAAGGAAGCCAGCGUAACGUUAGCUAGGCUGAAGUUAGUCCGUCUUAACGUGUGGCAGAUCUUAACCCUUGGGAUGGGACAAUUCCAGCUCAGCCAGCAGAGCCCAGUGGAAAGAAAAUAAAAGCAGCGAAAUACAGAGCUAUUGUAUGUUUUUCCUUAGACCACCCUUUUUCCUUAUGCUGGGACUGGGACCUGCAGGAGCAAGCUGAACACAUGUAGGAUACAGCGUAAGUCCCCUUCCCCUUGUUUCAGCCCCGGAAUGCCCUUUUUUGGGGGGGGGGGAUCUGCGCAGGUUUAACUUAACGCCUGUAUCCGUUGAGCCAGCUGAACUCUGGCUGAUCUGGGUUGGGCAUGCUGAGCCAUGGCUGAGCCGGGAUGAGGGACUUAUACCAGAAUAGCCUGGCUGAGCUGAGACCUACCCAGCUCAGCCGGAGAUCUGCCGUAUCCUCCCUCAGCCCGGCCAAAAUGCCUGUAGGAUUGUGCCCUUAAGUGUGAGCAGUAGCCUUACUAGAAAUAACUGAACUCCAUUCAAAUGCAUGGUGUGUGGAAAGAACGUCAGUGUGAGCCUUACUUUAAAUCUUUAAACAAGAGGACUGGAGGAAUUCAGGUGUAGAAUUUAGCAAUGUUAAGUUUGUAGUUCAUUUUAAUCUUGCGUGCUACAAAGAUUAAAGCCCUGUACAUCUUGGCACCAGUUUAUCUAAAAGAUAAUCUCACUUCUUAUAUAUCCAACCAAUCAUUGGACUCUACAGGAGAGGAUCUCAUCAGGAAGUCUGUUCUUUAUGGUGUAGGAAUGGCCUUUAAAGUGGUAGCACCUGCCCUUUGGAAUUCCCUCACAUAUCUGACAGGCACUGUCUCUCUUUUGGGGGCUUAUUGAAGACCUUCCUUUUUCAACAAACUUUUUAAGUGGAGAUUUUAAUCCCAGUCUGCAUCCUUACUGGCUUUUAAGAUGUUUUUAAUGGUUUUGAUGUAUGAAAUGUUUUUUGUUUUCAUUGGCGGUGUUUUGAGAUAUUUUAUGGGAAGAGAUUAAUAAAUAGAAAUAAAUAAAUAAUGCUAAUCCUUGAUGUAAUGACCACUUUA